UUCCCUGAGGCCAGAGCUUGUGUCUUCUGUGUGUAGUUCCAGAAAGCCCUGUGGUGUCAUCAGAGAGUCAUUGUGACAUGUGUGACAUCAACCCCUUUUGAGUUGUGCGGCAGCCCUGAAGAGCCAGAAUGCCUGCCCUCCUCCAAAGAGGACAGACACUGGCAGGUGAGGGGAACGAUGGACCCCCAUCCUGUUGGCUGCCUUCUGAGAGCAUAGAGAGGAUUUCCUGUGCAGUAAUAGCAGCAGGACCUGGGGAGCUGGUCCCAGUCUGCCACAUUCCCAGGCUUCAGCUGCUGCUGCUGAGAGGCCAAAAACUGCUUUUACACCUUCACAAUUCCUGCAUGCACAUGUACGAGAGGGCAGGCCAGGAGCCUUGUGUCUCUGGUUUGAAGUGCCAGAUGGCGUUGGAGGAGAGUUUCUCAGAAAGUGACUCCUCUUCCUCUACUACCAGCAACAACCAGGUGGUCCUGGCUAUCCCUCAAAGACCUUUUAACUGCCCAAUCUGCCUGGACAGCAUUGAGGAGGAAACCUCCGUGAGCUGGUGUAGACAUGCUUUCUGCUUUUCUUGCAUACUGGAAUGGUCCCGCAUCAGACGUAUUUGCCCGGUGUGUCAGGAGCCUUUCCGAUACCUCUUCCACAAGGUGGGAGACAAUAACUAUGAGGUGUACUAUACCAGCUCCAUCAGACAUAAUCCAGGAAGGAGAGAUCGUCACCACUCUGCAGAUAGGAGGCGGCAUCAUUCCGCAGGCCACGGGCACCGCCGAUCUUCCAGCAGAGAGCACGGCAAUAGCCGUGCCAGAGACUGGGAAAGGGACCGAAGCAGAUCCCAGAGGCAGAGCCACGAUGGCCAUAGCAGGGGUCAGCAGGCCCGGAGUUUUGACCCCUCAAGCAGCAGGAGACGGCCGCACAGCAGGGCUCGGGACAUGGCUUCUGAAACGUCUCGUGGUUGGAACCAAGUUGCAAGGCAUGAACGGGAUGUCCCAGUCCCCCUUGGGAGGAGUGAGCACCGUCAGCGGGUACCAUGGGAUUCCUCCAGGGAAUCCUGGGCAACAAGCAGACAAUCUCGGAGGAGGUCCCACAGAAUCUGGCGACAAACACAGAGAGAAGAGCAAAGGAGGAGGGAUCACAAUGAGGGACAACCUGCAAGGCCUGAACAGGAUGUCCCUGACUCUUCAGGGAGGAGUGAGCACCAUCAGCCAGCAUGACCAGUUUCCUCUAGGGAACCCCAGGCAACAAGGAGUCAAUCCAACCAAUCGUGACGGAUAUCCCACAGUCCUGAGUACCACAGGGAAAGGUAGCACACCCUACCAAGAAGGGUACUACUGUUACUUGUAUCACAAAUUGUACCACUUUACACCAAAACUGGUCCUACUAACAAUUCCUAAAAUAAAGUCAAUUCCAACCAUCAA